CCACCCUUGUCUAGGUCAGCUUCGUGUGACCACAUGAGAUCUGUUGACCUUUUACUUGCAGGUCCUGGCAGCUGUGAGGUGAGGUCGAGGCGUCUGCUCCACGGCUCUGGGUCUCCUUCGCCCCCUCAGUGUGCAGCAGACGGCAGCUUCCUCCCCGUUCAGUGUAAAUUCAUUAACAUGACAGACAGAAGUGAGCUGGACCUGCUGCAUGCCUUCAACAGGUUCCCAGAAGCCUUUGAGACAUUCAGUAGUUUCAGGAAGAUUUUCCCAACGGUUUCCUCGUACUGCUUCUGUUCAGACAGCCGAGGCCGAGAGCUGGAGAACACAG